UUUGUUAAUGGAAAAAGCCUUGUUAUUUGCUGAAGAAUUCGAGGUUUCUGAUAAGUUUGUAGCUUUUGCGGGUUGGGUCAACAAUUUCAAACGACGAAACAAUCUAAAGUCCUACAAAAAAUGUGGUGAAUCUGGCAGUGUCAAUAUGGAUGAGAUUUCAAAGUUUCGUGAGCAACUUCAAGACAUAAUCAAAGACUACGAACCUCAAGAUGUGUUCAACUGUGAUGAGACAGCAUUGUAUUGGAUACUUGAAUCUAGUCGAACUCUAGCAUAUAGUUCAGUUAAAGGAAAGAAGAAAUCAAAAGACCAAGUAUCAUUGCUAGUAACAACAAAUGCAAUAGGAAAUGAAAAAUUACUGAUUUUAUUUAUCCACAAGUACAAAAUACCACGUGCUCUCAGGGGGAUUAAUAAAUCCACUCUUCCA